AUGAAAAUCUCCGAUAGUACGAAAUUCACUUCCUUAUUUCGCAAACCCGAGUAUGGUUCCAAUAUCAACUGGGUUUUUAAUCCGGGCCUGAAAGUAUCACUAUCCGCCGGUGUGUUGGGCGCUGUAGGUGUGGUUUUAUUGAUUAAAGGCAGAUGGUACCUCGACUUGAGCUCCUCGGAUCAGGACAACGUUUAUCCUAGGUCUUGGGUUGUCCCCGGAUUGCAGAAUCUUGGAAACAACUGUUUCCUGAAUGUUGUGUUGCAGGCAUUGGCAAGCUGCCCGAGCUUUCGAAAAUACCUUCGGGAUAUGGUGGAAGAAUACGGGUUAUUAUCGUAUGAAGAAGGAGAUGAAAGCUUACCUUUAUUUAAAUCAUUGACUUCAUUAGUGGAAGAAUUAUGUACUGUUCGGCAUACAACAACCGUACUAAGUCCUCGGAAAUUGAUGGUUAUGAUGGAAUAUUACAUUCCGAAUUUCAGUCUAACCAGUCAACAGGAUGCUGAGGAAGCCUUUUCACUUCUUUUGUCUUCUUUGAGAGAAGAAAUAGCAGAACAUUGUGCCCCUAAUAUAAGCUGCUUAGCAGAUUUGCCUGGGCUUCAAAAUGGUAGGAUUCUUUCGAAGAGCCAUGAGGGGGAAACUGAAUGGCAGAAAUGGGAUCGCUGUUUUCUCAAGCCUUUUGAUGGGAUUGUUUGCAGCAACUUAGUUUGCCAAAGCUGUUCGUUUCAGAUCUCUCUAGAUUUUCAACUGUUCCACACUAUACACCUUUCACCUCCAACCAGCAGCGGCUCGACAAUUAUGGCUGGAUGCACCCUGGAGGAUUGCCUUAAGAAUUUUUUUAUGGCAGAACAUGUUGAGAACUAUUGCUGCAGCAAUUGUUGGCAUAAUGCUGCUAUUGAGUAUUCAUCGGUUUUUGCUGAAGAUGAGACUGUCGUUGAAAAACUUCAAAACUGUAAUAAGGAUGAUUCUUGUGAGUGCAAAAAACAAUACUCCCUCGAAGCAUUUCCUUGGUCAAACAAGUUCUCUCGUACUUUGAAGCAAAUGAGUAUUUCACGGAGCCCAAAGAUUUUAUGCAUUCAUUUGCAACGAGCUUCGUACAACAUGUUUGGGCAGUCGGUGAAACUUCAGGGCCAUAUCUCAUUUCCUUCCAUCUUGGAUAUAUCUAAGUUUAUGAAUACUGGAAUCGGAAUAAAAAGUACGUCAAAGUCGCAAUUUGGUCCACUGAACCCAAGUCUUGGGGAAAUAAGGUUAUUCCCUUUUCCCAAGUACCAAAAUACGCUCGUCAGUCCACGAAAGCUACACUCAGCAAAAAGCACUUGCUUCGAAACAAAUGCAUCUGAAAACCAGGAAAAAAACACCAUUGCAGUCAACAAUGGCCCUUGUUUGAAAGCUUCCGAGUCUAGCUUGCUCGAUUCUGAAAGACAUGCUAAUACUAAUGAAAGUACUAUUUUACCCUUAGCAGCACCAUUGAGACACCAAACGUACCGUUUAGUGUCGGUUGUGGUGCACUUUGGCACGAGUGGGGGAGGGCACUACACUGUUUACCGAAAAGUGACGGGUCGAUUAGGGAAUGAAGAUCCCGUGGCCCUGCUCGAAUCAUCUAUCGAGCAAUGGUUUUGUAUUUCGGAUUCUGAAGUUUACAGUGUCUCGGAAAAAGACGUGUUGGGUGCGAAUGCCAGCAUGCUGUUUUACGAGAAGAUCGAGAGUUCCUGA